AUGAACUCCAAGGCCCUGACUGUCCUGGGCUGCAGCCUUCUCCUCCUCAUCUUGGCUGAAUGUCAGGAGAAGGAAAAGCCCCCCAAAGCCACUGAGAAGAAGGUCACAAAAGAGCCCAAGCCAAACAAGGUCAAACCUCCCAAAGCAACAGGUGAAAAGCUCCAUCAGGCAGCAGCCAAGCCCCCGAAGGGCAAAGCCGGAGUGAAACCCACGGCCCCUCCCAGCCAGGUGCACCAGCCUGCGUCCAUCCUGACUCGGGUGGUGGCCAGGGGGCGGUUCCAGAAAGUGCCUGACUCCCUGACGCUGACGGCAGGCGACACCCUGGAGCUGCGCUGCAGAGGGCGGGCCGUCAGGUGGAGGUUCCCUGCGUACCUGGAGGACGAGGAUGAGGGGCGGCUCAGAAUCAAGCACUUUGAGAGGCACAGCCAGCUGCUGGUGGUGAACUCCAGGGCUGCUGACACGGGCGAGUACAGCUGCUGGUCCUUCCAGUGCCGGGACAGCGAGUGCCAGGACGGAGAGGACAGGACGGGCAAGGCUUUCAUCUUCUUCACAGACCCCCAGGAGCUGUUCGUGCCGACGGAGGAUUACUACGAAGUGGUCCAGCUGCGCACAAACCACCCCACGCUCCUACCAUGCCAGGUGACCAGCCCUCUGGCCAAGGUGACGCUGCACCGCGAAUUCCCCCCCGAGGAGGUGGCCGUGGACGGGAUCGACAUCUCGUAUGACGUGAAGAGGGGGUUCGUGAUCCACCGCCCGCGGCCCUCGUAUGCAGGGUCACUCUUCUGCAUGGCCAGCCUGGACGGCAUGCGGCAGAUAUCCACCAAGUACAUGCUGAUCUACAUCAACUACCCUUCCUCUGCUCCCAAACCCACAGUCAGCGCCUCAGCCGCCACUGUGCGGGCUGGAGAAAACUUCAACGUGACAUGCACGGUUUUUGGAGAACCAGAAGUCGCGGUUGAUUUCACCUGGGAGUAUCCGGGGCAGCAGAUUGGCAGGCCCCCCUACAGCCGCGAACGCGCCGACCUGGCGCGCCGAGGCGGGCAGGUGCAGCAGGAGUCUGAGAGCAUCCUCUAUGUGGACGAGGCACGCGCCAUAGACGAGGGGCUUUACACCUGCAGCGCCAUGAACCUACAGGGCACCACCACCGUCUCCACCCGUGUCCGGGUACUUCCAGCCACCCCGGCCCCGAGGGGGACCCGGUCUGGAUAG